UAUAAUCAUUACACGAAAUAGCAGCAAUGGAUUUACUAUGUUAUUGGGGAUACCUGCGUUGUAAAAUAUCCUAUAGUUAGUCAAUUAAAGUAUGUUUCGUGUAUGACAUCGCCCCCAUCUUACCGUGAAAACAGACAGAUUGAAGGAAUUACAGGACAUCAACAAAGAUCAGAAGAUGACAAAUUGGAAUGGAUUUGAAUACAUUCAUUGAGAGUAACAUAAAAUGACACGACAGAAAGGUGGCGUAUCGCUUCUCAAGUAAUAUGAUUCUCCACUGGAACUGAACAGAAGGCAGAUAAUCGGACGUAUGAAAAACUGGUAACCGUCUCAUCAUGGGCUGCGGAGGAUCAAAGAGCACCGCAGUCGUUGAAAGCAACGUCGACGUACGGCGUCACAAUGGCAUCAAACGAAGUAAUGACGUCAUUAAUGAAAGAGCAACAGUAGACGAAAGUGGAGGUGACACUGAACAAAAUGGCGGAAACGUUACAGAAGGACAGUCGGUAAAAGUAAAUGAAGAGAUAGCUCCCCCUUUAAAACAUAAAAAUGUAAUAAAUGGACAUUUCACCGGCAUCGAUGACGGCGUUGUUACUAAUAGGCAACAGGACGAACCAGAGACGAUCGAGAGCAGAAGUAAACAAAAUGUUAUACAGAGCGCUCCGUAUAAAAUCCCGAGUGACCCAAAAACCGAAUCGCCUUUUGAUCCUUCGGUGAAUGUCGGAAAAUACCGAGAGGAGCCGAUACCAGUGUUCGGCCGGGCCGCGUUUCCAUUGAGCAAAGACAAUCCUGAUUUGAAGAUUGAGGACACUUUCUGGCCAGGCAAACGAGCCCUGAUACCCGACUACAACCAAAUGAAGAAAAUGGAUAAACAUGCAAUAGAGACUCCCCCUGGACUUCGGAAAGACAUGGAUCAACUUGUUGCCCAUCUGACUACGGUUACCAAGUCACAGCUGGAAAAACUCCGGGUUAUAUUUCGCUGGGUGGCGCAUAACACGGAGUACAACGUUCAGGGGUUCAGGACAGGGAUGCCCGGGGACAACUCGGCUGAAGCUGUCCUACGGACCGGACUCGCGGUCUGUGGCGGAUACAGUAAUCUUAUGGUGGCUAUGUGCGCGAAAGCGGGCGUAGAGUGCGUGAAGAUCAGUGGCUACGCCAAAGGAAGCGGCUAUUGGCCAGGCAAGGAGAAUCUGUCCAAGAUGACCCAUGCCUGGAACAGGGUCACCGUUGAUGGCAGCACAUUUCUAUGCGACUGUACAUGGGCCGCGGGUAGUGUUGAUACUGCUUUCACAAGGCACUGGAAGGAGAGUCAAUUCUUAGCGGAGCCAAAGAGCUUUGCAAACCACCAUUUCCCGAAAGGUGUAGACAUCCAGAAUAUAUUUUCCACUCUAUCUCUUGAGGAAUGGAACAACACUCCAGUAUUAGGAGCCCUAGCGCAGUUCUCCGGACUCGAAUGUGUGAGUCACACAGAAGGUAUCAUCAAGGCACCAAACAACAGUUGCCUGAUCAAGCUCAAACUGGAGAGGGCGCUCUAUGACACCUUCUGCAUUGUUGAGAAUGAGGAUGGUACGAAACUGAAAGGAGUGGUGAUUCAGUGGUGGAACGAGAACGAACUGUCCUGCAGCAUCCGUCUUCCAAAAGCUGGUAGGUACAGUUUCAUCCUCAUCGGGAAAAUUUCAUGGCAGCGCAACGACAAUGGCAACACCGAGGUCCUGUAUCCAGAACAACCCUCAGAUGCCAUCGACAAUACGCUAGUAAGCUACGUAAUCAAAGCAACAGGUGGUGAGAAACUCGAUCCUAUGUCUACUGAAGAAAUAAACCUGUAUGGUGCACCUUUGAAUUCGCCAGACUAUGGCUUGACUCCAGCUGACAAGAACGAAGCAACCGUUCAGGCAGUUGCAGGAAGUGCUCAUGUAGUCUUCAAGAAGCUGCAUGAAGGCCCUUCUUCUGUCCGUGUAGACCUUUACAAAGUCGGUGAUCAGAACAAAAAGAUGAAAUCGUUCGUUUACUGCGAACAUUUUGACGAUUGGGUGGUUUGCCAUGUUCGGUGUCCUUUUGCCGGGAAAUUCAUUCUUACCAUGUAUGUAAAGUCUGACCAUGAGGACUACUCUUGUAAGCUGACCUAUAUCAUUGUUAGCGCUGGAAAAUUCGACCCGAUACGUCUCCCAGAUAUGAGCGCCGUUUCCGGUCCAAAUGCUAAAUUUGCAGGACACGGUCUCCGCCUCAGAGACGCCCUCACAUCGACAAUAGUUACAGUAGAAGGAGAAGGGCAAUUAGUCAUCGCCUGUGAUGCAACCAAAGAAAUGAAGGUUAUUGCUGGCUUGAAGGAUAUUUCCGAAUCACCAAAUAAUGAUGGAGGCUACGUUGUAGAGACCAACAAAACGGAAACAGAACAGGUUACAACCGUUAGCCUUAGACUCAAGACGAAAGGGUUCUUCAAACUGACACUCUUUGCCAAGCCGAAGAGCGAAUCAGUGCCGACAAAAAACGAGUUUGUAGGGCAGUGGCUCGUAUGUUGUCGCAAACCUAGCAAGAAGGAGCCCUUUCCAAAAGGUGCCACCGACAUCGGAACCGAAGCUAAGUUCCACUUUCUAGGUUUGCAAACAGCGACACAAAGCAGAGUGGUGUGUGAAAACGGGGAAGGUACCUUUGAAGUGUUUAGUAAGCCCGAAUCAUCUGUCGAAUUCCUCUUCAACCUAAAGAAAGGUAAAGAAGAUGAUGAAGUAGAGCGUCAAGUAUUUGCAGAUACUUACGUCAUGGAAACAAAACGCAUAACGCGCUUUCAUUUCCGUAUGGACAAGACAGGCACAUUUGCGUUCCGACUGUUUGCCAAGUCGGAAGGUAGCGAGAAGCAUGACUACGUUGGCAUAUGGUUGGUAGUGAACGAGAAAGUUUGCAAGAAACCUACGUACCCUGGAAGGAAAACUACCUAUGGACCACAAUCCAUCUUCUGGGAUUCAGGAUUAGGCUUAGACGAUGGAAAUUCAAAGAGGCUAUACCUGUUCGAUGGAGAAGGUGAGUUGUGCUUUACUCACAAACCGAGCACGAAUCGAAGAAUCACUGCGCACCUGGAAACCGCACAGGGCGGGCGUAAGGACAAGAGCUCUGUUACGAGCUCCUUGAUCGAAGCUGGGGGGUCAGAUGAGGGAGAAAUCGCGUCGACAAGAAUACGACUUAGGAUCAAGAAACCAGGACUCUACGACCUUGUGGUCUUUACCGAAGACGAGACAGGCAAGUCCUUCACAUAUGCAGGCGUGUGGCUGGUUGACUGCGCCAAAGCAACCACUAAGGCAAUGUUUCCAGAGGUCAGAGGCACUAUGGGACCUGAACCCCUGUUUCUCCAGAUGGGUCUAUCAACAAAAGCGCCACACUGCUCGACCCUCCCCGCCGACGCUGACGGAUUGUGCACACUCACAGUACUUCGGGACAAACCCUUUAGUAUGAUCUUCCAAACAGAGGAUGAGAGGUGUAAGAUUUCCGAAACAAAAUCGAAAACCGGGAAGCCGUCCUUCAUGAUCACCUGCGACGUGAAGCUGCCAAGACCAGGGUUAUACACCCUAAACAUGUUUGCUGCGGAACCGAAAACGAGUAAGAGUAAUUUCGUAGGGACAUGGCUCAUGGAAUGGAACAAGAAGUGAAACCCUAACCUUCAUCUUACAUGCAAUGUGCCUUGAUGACAAUGAAGACGUGAAGUACAAUCAAGUUUGUUAAAAAGAGGCCACAUCAUCAGCGUAUAUAAUAAAGGGGUAGGGAUGCGGGGGGGGGGGGGGUAGUUUGCCCGUCCUGGCAGAUUUCCGACCUGGAAACAGAAAUGCAAACAAACUAUCUACAUAAUAGUUGGCAGGUUAGGGGAUCAUUGUAAAUCCAGAAACACAAUAAAUGUACUAGAUGAUAUGGUUUGCCCCCAAGGUAUGGGUACGAAACUGCGCCACAUGUAGUUCUACUAUAUCCAUCCAAACACGAUCUUAGGAUUGUUCAGUUUAGUUAGUCCCUCGGGUUUUGGUGAGAGUGCUUUGCGGCGUAUCCAGUAUAUUAUCGAUGUACCCCCCCCCCCC